UCUAAUACCAAUGGAGUCCAUGCAGAAAAGACUGUACGGUGGCCGGUAAGGGUCAAACGCCACCAGUUCUUGACCCAGACUAGGAAAUGGGGACUAUGAGCUCUCCAGAUGCCUGCCCAGCCGACUCGCGUCUGCUCAGUGUCAAUUUCGCCGGGCUGUGAAGCAGAACCCGCACGCAUCUCCAGACGUGGAGACAUCCGGAGCUGGCACCCAGCGUAGGGAAGCGACCCUCCCCACAUAUUGCGACGGCGCGCGAGCCAGCUGGGGCAGGGGGCAUGGCGCAGGCGGCCCUGGAGUGUGCGCAGGCGCGGGGGAGCCCUGGGAUUCAAUGGCGGAAAUGGAUCUGGUCGCAGAGUUCCCCCAGCCCGCCGGCGCUGCGCGCUGGGCCGAGGUUAUGGCUCGCUUCGCCGCCCGGCUGGGCGCGCAGGGAAGACGGGUAGUAUUAGUGACAUCUGGCGGCACCAAGGUCCCCCUGGAAGCGCGGCCGGUGCGCUUCCUUGACAACUUCAGCAGCGGGCGGCGCGGGGCAACCUCGGCCGAGGCCUUCCUGGCUGCGGGCUAUGCAGUCUUGUUCCUGUAUCGCGCUCGCUCUGCCUUCCCCUUUGCCCACCGCUUCCCUCCCCAGACUUGGCUGUCGGCUCUGCGGCCCACCAGCCCAGCCAAUUCGGGCUUACUGAGCCUGGAGGUCGAGGAGAAGACACUCCCGGGCUUCGCUGCGGCUCUGAGGAGCUACCAGCAGGCUGCGGCUGCGGGCACUUUCCUGGCGGUGGAGUUCACCACUUUGGCGGACUAUUUACAUCUGCUGCAGGCUGCGGCCCAGGCGCUCAAUCCGCUAGGCUCUUCUGCGAUGUUUUACCUGGCUGCGGCCGUGUCAGAUUUCUAUGUUCCUGUCUCAGAAAUGCCCGAACACAAGAUCCAGUCGUCUGGGGGCCCACUGCAGAUAACAAUGAAGAUGGUGCCAAAAAUGCUUUCUCCUUUGGUUAAAGACUGGGCUCCCAAAGCAUUUGUAAUUUCCUUUAAGUUGGAGACUAACCCCUCUAUCGUAAUUGAUCGUGCACGCAAUGCUUUGGAAAUUUAUCGACAUCAAGUGGUGGUGGCUAAUAUCCUUGAGUCUCGUAGGUCCUUUGUGGUUAUUGUAACCAAAGACUCAGAAACUAAGUUAUUGCUAUCAGAGGAAGAAAUAGAAAAAGGCAUGGAGAUAGAAGAGAAGAUAGUGGAUGAUCUUCAGUCUCGACACACAGCUUUUAUACAAGGCAAAAACUGAAGGAUCAAAAACUAUAGGAUCAAAAAUUAUUCAGUGGACCAGGGCUCUUACAGAUGGUGAGAACUGGAAUAAAUCCUUUACUUUCAUAAAGAGAGAGAAAAUGAAGGGGAAAAGCAGUGAGUGGUGUGCAGGCAAAUAUGGUUUGCUAUUUGUCUUUUAAAGGUCAUUUCAUACUCAUUAAAAAUGAAAAAAGCAAAACAGUUAUGACCAACCCACCUGACACACUCAACCUGAAUGUGUCAUCUUGAUUUUGAAAAUGAACAUGAGUUGUUUCUCACCGUUAAAAAAAGAGCUAAUUGGGGAUUAUAUUCCUUAAAAUAUACAUGUGGGGUUUGAAUAGCAACCUUCUUCAUACUAUAAAGUGGAUUAUGUAUUCAUGAAUGGCCAUGCUUUGAAGAUCAAAUAGUUGUUGAUGCCUACAAUGUGGUUGGCCUUAAUGAUUAUGAGGAUUAAAAAGAUGAAUAAACAUAUCUAGUUUGGGAAAUGGAUUUAUAAAAAAUUAAGUGCAAUAAAGUGUGUGCCCAAAAGUUGACACAGUGGAAAUGUUGUUCUUUGGGAUUUAUCAAAGAUGGGACUAGGAGAGAAGGACACUUCUCUGAAGAUUGAUUGCCUGAGGAAUGAUGAGCUUCCCACUACUUUACUCUCUGCUUUCUUGUCCUAGAUUUACUCCAUGUUUGAAUUAACAAUGUAUCUUUCAAGUAUUUUAGAACUGCUCUUCAGGGACAGAACCUGGGCUUCAACCUGGAACCAACUGAUCAUCCCUACCUGAGGGAAGCAUUACAGUGUGGUAAAGAGUAUGUAUGGGCUUUGGAGUCAGACAGGUUUGACCUCUCAAAGCUUUACCACCUAAUAGCUCUAUAAACUUAGACACCUGACUUAAUUUCAGUUUCCUUGUCUGUAAA